UCUUGAUCAUUGUACUCACUCUUCCAUUUUGGGGUCUUCUUCUUCUUCUGCUGCUGCUGCUGCUUUAUCUUCUUCACAGGAAUGACUAGGCGUCCUCCUCCGAGUCAUGAGUAACACAAAGGUCCCGAGAGCGAAGGUUAUGUAUCACCAAGUCUAUGACAGAGGAUAAGAACAGAAGCCUCUUCGACUGCUGUUUGUGUUCUGUGUUCUUUCUUUUCCUUUCUUCUUCUUCUUCUUCUUCUCUUUCUGUCAGUUUGGUGAUGACACAAGUUUGAUGUACUCUUUGGAUUCGCUUGGUUCGUAGUCCAAACUUGUAGAUAUCAAACCCCUUGUAGUUCCUUCAUAAAAGCUUCUUCCUAUGGGGAAGGGCCUGAUACUGAAGACACUGGAGCGGUGCCGGUCGCUGGGGAGCCACAGGAAGGGAGACCAGAAGCGACAGAUGCCACCGGAGGGUUGCUUCUCGGUGUACGUCGGGCCGGAGAGGGAACGGUUCGUGGUCCGCACCGAGUGCGUCAACCACCCGCUGUUCCGGAUGCUGCUCGACGAGGCGGAGGAGGAGUUCGGGUACGCCGCCGCCGGGCCGCUCGAGCUCCCCUGCGGCGUCGAGCUCUUCCAAAGGGUGCUGUGCGAGGUGGAGCAGGACGCGGCGGAGCUGCACUCGCCUCGGUGCAACUUCGCCAAAGGCCACGCCGGCGGCUACCUCCUGCAUAGCCCGGCACGGCCGCUGAUAGCCGGGCGUGUUUAGAUGACCACACGUGCAUGGCCAUGCUAUAUGUACGUAUAUGAUGUGUUUGCUUUCCUUGUGUCUGUAAUCACCUUAAAAGGGUCUCCUCUCCACUUCGUUUUUAGUACGGUAGAGAUGGUGAAGCCUCGUCGUGGACUUUUGAAGCAUGCGAUGUAGAAGAUGUGAUCGAUAGCUUGUUGUGAUGCGUAUGUUUCUUGAUC